ACUGGAUUUUAUACGGCAGCAGCAGCAGCAGCAGCAGCAGCAGCAGUGGCGGCGGAUAUCACACGUUUGAAAUUUUUUCCUUACCGUCCUCACUACCGACGCCCCCACCGACGACGACGACCCACCGCUCGGCCGAUUACUGUGACCACGGCCGCCGCCGCCGAUAGAAACCACCGUAGUGCGCGUUCGGUCACACACACAGCGCAGCACACACACACAUACAGUACACCGACAUCGCUCGGACGGUGCGGGGAAGGAGGCGGUGAUAUUAGCCAUCGAGUUUUAAUUUUGGUUUUUUUGUUUUUUUUUCUCCCCGUUCCGUUUUGUUUUUGUUUACUCGGCCGGCGACGACUGAAAUCAAACCGCGUCUGAACGAUAACGUCGCGCGUGUAGUUUGUCGAUUUUGUUCUGGCACUGUCCGAAGCGAGUCGUCCAUCCGCCGGGUUUUCCCGUUUCGCCGAGAGACAACGUCCGUCAGGUUGCCGGCCAGUCAGCCAGCCCGUGUUUCGUUCUCAUCGAUCGUCAUGCUACAUUCUUUGACGUGCCUGUCUGGUAAUCUGUUGUCUCCGUCGACCGUCAUCUGCGAGGUAUUAAGUUCAAGGAUCCACUAAGGUCUACUAACGAUAACCUCUGAUAACCUAUGUUUUAUAACAUAUAAAUACAAGUUAAAUUGGCCUAUGAUAUCAACAAUUAAGAAUUAUUUAACUAAUAUGAAAACAAACAGAACAAAAUGACUUCAAGUGAUUUGGCUCAAAAACCAUUUUAUUGCCGGGAAUGGGUGUUCCAAAAAUUAUUACAUUGCUUUGAUCAGAGAAGCAAUUGGAAAACAUGUGGAGCACUUCUAGUUGGAGGUGCUGGAUGUGGAAAGACUUCACUAUGCUGCGAAAUUGUUCAUCCGACCGGCAGACAACAACGUGCAUUAAACAGAAGACUAUUAGCUUAUCAUUUUUGUCAAGCUCAAAAUAUAAACACAUUAUCAGUUACACAUUUUAUUCAAAGUUUGGUUUCACAGUUAUCUGAUUCAUUGCCCAAAUCAUACAAAGAAAGACUAAAAUCUGAUCCAGCAAUACAAGAAUCUUUAUCUCCAAUCAAUCUAGUGAAAGAUGCUGAUGAUGCAUUUAAAAAAGCUGUUAUUUUUCCACUAGUUGAUCUUGAACUACCAAAACAUACAAUGUUUCUUUUAGUUGAUUCAGUUGAUGAAGGAUUAUGUACAAACGAUAGAUCUGAUCCAAAGUUUAAGAAUAAUUUAAGUAAAAACAUUACAGAGCUAUUAGCUUCUCAUCAUCAUUUAUUUCCCCAAUGGUUGAUGCUUAUCUGUACAACACGUAGACAAAAUAAAAAUGUUGCUCGUAUGUUCUCUGGUUUUCGUAAAAUUUGCAUAGACGAUCUCCGUAAAUCACAAGUCGUUAGAGAUAUACAACAGUACAUAUUGAGCCGUUUGGAAUCAGAAGAAUCUUUACGCCAACACAUGAGUAGAGAUACAGCUGAAAUGUUAAAUCAAUUACACAUAAAAAGUAAUGGUUGUUUUCUUUAUUUGGAAAGGGUAUUAGAUGGCAUAUCUGACGGAUGUGUAGUUUUGAGGGAAAUAAAAGAUAUUCCUGGAACUCUUAAUGGACUUUAUUUAUGGUUUUGUCAGAGGCUUUUGAAUUCAAAACAUUUUUCAAAAGUACGGCCCUUGUUAAAUGUAAUCUUAGCAUCUCCAGAACCUUUAUCAGAAGAACAAUUAAGUAGUAUUAUACAUUCUGUAUAUCAGUACAUGUCUGUGGACGAAUUCCACAAACGAUUUAGCUUAUUAAGAAGAAUAUUUUCAUUGCCAAGAGAUUCAAAAACUAUACAAUUUCAUCAUAGUUUUGGAGAAUGGUUCCUAGAUGUCAAACAUUGUACUAGAAGGUUUUUGUGCUCUGCAAAUGAAGGACAUGCUAUGAUUGCUUUUCAUUAUACACUUAGAUGUUCGAGACCUCCUGCAUAUGAUGAAGUUCAUAAAUUAGCAUAUCAUUUAUCGAGAGUCAACCCAUUACCGGUCUGGACAAACUUUUCUGACACAAAUUUAUUGCCAUUACUAUGGUUGAUUGAUAGUGGAGCACAAAUUUCUGAAAGUAUGACAAUUCCUUGUUAUGAUAGAAAAACUGUUAAUUUUUUGGAAGGAGCUUGUAAUUGUUUUAAAUCAGAUGUUGAUCUAAAAUCUAAUAAGUUUGAAACUAAUUUUGGAUUAGUAUCAUCGCCAAAAUAUGAAAAAAAUUCAGUACUUUAUUCAAAUACCUUAUUACCUUCAAAUUUAUAUGAAGUAGAUAUCAAUGGCAGGAAUACUUUACAUUUGCUUGCAAUGGAUGGAAAUUUAAGUGUUCUUCAGGAUUUAUUGAAAACUCAUUCAGAUGUAAAUUUAGAAGUAACUGACAAUAAUGGACAAACACCACUUAAUAUAGCUGCACGUCACGGUUACCUUGAAGUUGUAGAGCUUCUAUUAAAAUAUAACUGUAAAAUAGAUCAUGCAGAUGUUGAAGGAUGGACUGCUUUAAGAGCUGCUGCAUGGGGUGGCCACUCACAAGUGGUGGAGUUACUGCUUAAGCAUGGAGCCGAUGUUGAAUGCUCUGAUUGUGAAGGACGUGGAGCAUUACGUGCUGCGGCUUGGGGAGGUCACAAUGAUGUUGUGAUAAAAUUACUAGAAGCUGGCGCAAACCCUAAUACUACUGAUGGUGAUGGUAGAACUCCAUUAAUUGCUGCAGCAUAUAUGGGCCAUGCACAUAUUGUAGGAAGAUUGCUGGAUAAUGGAGCGAAUAUUAACCAUCAAGAUAGUGAUGGACGUACUGCUUUGAGUGUUGCUGCUUUAUGUGCACCUACUAAUGGAGGAUAUGCCAAGGUUGUCACUUUAUUGUUAGAAUCUGGAGCUUUUGUUGAUCAUGAGGAUAAAGAUGGAAUGACACCUCUACUUGUUGCCGCAUUCGAAGGCCAUAGAGAUGUUUGCGAAAUUUUAUUAGAAGCAGAGGCUGAUGUAGACCAUUGUGAUAAGUUAGGUAGAACACCUUUAUGGGCUGCUGCAUCAAUGGGACAUCCUGCUUGUGUUUCACUUUUACUAUUUUGGGGUUGUUAUGUAGACAGCAUAGACAAUUAAGGUCGUACUGUGCUCAGUGUGUCUGCUGCUCAAGGGAAUAAUGUUGUAGUGUCUCAACUACUAGAUAGAGGUCUUGAUGAACAACAUAGAGAUAAUUCUGGUUGGACACCAUUGCAUUAUGCUGCAUUUGAAGGGCAUCAGGUUGUUUGCAGAACAUUGUUAGAGAGUGGAGCAAAAAUUGAUCAAACUGAUAAUGAUGGUAAACCACCAUUAAUGUUAGCAGCUGAAGAAGGACACUCGGAUUUAGUAAGUGAAUUUUUAAAAAACUAUGGAGCCCCUCCAGAUCAGAAAGCUCAUGAUGGAAGAACUGCUUUAAGAUUAGCCGCAUUAGAAGGUCAUAUUGAAGUAGUUAGAAGUCUUGUAGAAUAUGGAGUUGACGUCAACAAAAAAGAUGCUGAUGGUCGAAGUACUCUUUAUGUCCUUGCUCUUGAAAAUCAUUUAGCAAUGGCUAAAUUUUUUAUUGAUCCAGGCGGAGCAGAUGUCGAAAGCACAGAUUCAGAAGGUCGGACUGCUUUACAUGUUAGUUGUUGGCAAGGUCACUGUGAAAUGGUAUCCUUAUUGUUAAAACUUGGAAAAGCUAAUUUAAAUGCAACUGAUAAUGAAAAUAGAACACCUCUUCACUUGGCUGCAUGGCAAGGACAUUCUGUCAUCGUCCGAUUAUUAAUUGAACAUGGUGCUAGUGUUAAUCAUGCGUGCAAUCAAGGAGCAACUGCAUUGGGUAUUGCUUCUCAAGAAGGUAAUGAGACUUGUGUUCGAUUAUUGUUGAUGCAAGGUGCAAAUCCAUUAGUAUCCGACCAUUGUGGACGAAAUGCUAUAAAAAUUGCUGCAAAAAGUGGUCAUGACAAUAUUGUUAAGCUGCUUGAACAAUUUUGUCCUAUAAAAAACGAAAGUAAUGGAUUUAAUACAGCUAAUACUUCUUGUGGUUCUGGUUCAACAACUGAAACUAAACCAUCCUCUGCUGUAUUAGUAAAUCCAUUAUUAUCUUGCGCAAAUCAUGCUCAGAUUCAUGAUUCAUCACCCAUUGAAUCACCAGAUUCAACAGCUAAACGAACAUCGUUUGUUUCAAACUAUAGCAAAUCCAGUUCUAAUUUAACUGAUAGUACUAAAAGUUCUCACCAAGAUUUACCAACCCAAUUGACACCAUUGACAUUUACACAAAAAUUACAACAAUGUAGUCGACGUAUCAAAUCUAGACCCACUUCUAAAGUUCUAAGUCCUUUGCAGAGUCCUAUAUAUGCAACUCCGCCUCACAGCCCCAAUUCAGAAGAACCAUCAGCUCCAAGUAUUCAAGUAUUAACAGAUGAUCAUUUUUCGCGUGACACUCAUAUGCGAAUUAUUCUUGGUAACAAGGCUGUGUUAAAAAAAUCAACUUCUGAUUCAAAUUACAACAAGAAUUUGGCCAACGUUAAGCAAAAACGUAAUGGUAUUGUUACAAAUCCAGCUUUAAGAAUAAUGCCAGCUAUUCGUAAUGGUUUAGAAAUGGCUGCUGGACGUAAAAAUAAAACACCUCAUUUGCCCACUGAUAGUUUUAAAUGGCGAAAAGAAACGCCAUUGUAAAUAUAUAUUUUAUAAUCCCAAGUGAGUUAUUAUUAAAGAGUAUUUAUUUUUUUUUUUUUUUUUAAAAAAUGUUGAUUACAAAGGUUGCCAUUUUAUUUUAACUUCUAUGGAAGGUUUGAAGACUAACCCAGUUAUAAAGUUAGAAAUUACCAAUCAUCCUCUAGGCCUUAAUGAAUGAAAUAAAUGUACUAAGUAAUAAUUUAUACUUUAGAUUUAUAGAAAUUAUGUACAUUUUAUAUCAAGUUGAUCUAAUUUUGAUGAAAUAUAUUUUUUAUAUCUUUCCUUCAUGCUCUUAAGUAUUUGUGGCCAAUAAAAUAUUAUUAUCUUUUAAUAUAUGUUACAAGAACUAAGUAUUUAUCAAAUUCAUCCAUUUGGAAGACAAUUAUUGUUUUGGUUGUACAGAGUAAUAUUUUGUAACUUGACAUUAAAAGGAAAAACAGAUUGAUUUGUGUAUACUUAGUUGUAAGUAUGGUUUAAGAAUAUUUUAAUUUAUAGUGCAAUCUAAUUUUAGUAUUAGAUAAUGUUUCUCAGUGUUAAAAACUGAAAUAAGCUUAAACAUGGCUAAUCUUCCUAUAUACUUAAGCAAUUAUUUUUAGCGGUUUUUGUACCGUUUACUUAUAGUUAAAAAACUAUAGUGAUUGUGAUAGAACUGUAGAAGUGAGCAUUUAAAAAUUACUGAUGUAUUAAUUUAAAACCAUAUAUUUUAAGUCCAAUUGAUUCAAACACUUGUAAUUACUUAAAAUCCGUUCUAAAAUCUGCAUUUAAAAUAAACCAAUUCUGUAUGUACAUUGUGAUGUACAGCAAUCACGAACAAUAUUUUCAUCAAGUAAAUAACUAUUCAAUUUAUUAUAAGGAUGUCAGCCCACCAUUUGUUUUCUAUCUCUAACCCACGCUCAACCUAGCAAAUUUAGCAGAACCCAUUCUGUGUUGUUACUUUUAAUAUUAAGAGUGAAUUCACUUUGAAACUUUUCCGUCAGUAAAUGUAAAUAUAACAGAGGAAGAAUGUUACCAGAUGAAUUGGUUUUAAGUGGUAUUUGUUGGGAAACCAUAGAGACUUUUCUAGUUCCUGUUCCCGACAGAUAAGCACAUACAUUGUUGCCAAUUAUUAUUGAACAUGUUGCUGCAGGCACAACAAUAAUUACUGAAGAGUGGCGCUCCUUCCAAAGGCUACUUUGGCACACACUAAUACUGUUGAGAGUUCUUGGGGCAAAAUAAAAUCAUAAGAUCUUUUACUUUUUGUCAAACUAUAUGUUAAGAACAUUGCCUGUGUCUUUUGGUUGUCUUUUUUUCAAUAUAUUAAUUUUUAUGCAAUUAUAAGCAUUUGUAAAUUGUAAUAUUUUACAUUCUGACAACUUCCAUAAAAAUUAAAAUGUCAUAAACAUAACGACAGAUUUGUUCUUAACAAAAAGUUGCAACGUAGGCUUGGUUCUGUUUAACAUAAAUUUUAUAUGUUAUGUGUGAGUUAGAAAGAGAAACUAAAUAUUAUGCUGACAUCCUCUCAAGACAAGGUUUUUU